UAAAAAACAUAUAUUUUUCUACAUAAUAUAAUAUUCUUAAAAAAGCAAUUUUUUAUCAUUUAAUUUAUUUUCUAAAAAAUACAUAAAAAGUUCUUUUAAUGACAAAAAGUUUGAUAAAAGUUAUUAAUUUUCUAUUUUUCUUAUAAUUUUCGAACUAUUUCUAACUUAAAUUUCAUAUUAAAGAUAUUAAAAAGAAUUUAAAAAAGCCUUAAAUUCACAAAAGUUUUAAAUCAGAAAUUUCUAAUUAUUAAAAAAACCAAAAAUUUAACAUUAUUAAAUAUCUUAUUAUUGAAAAUUUAAGAUUUUGAAUUCGAAUUCAGUUUACAAAACUAAGCCUUAUUUUGGAAAAAAACUAACUUCGAUUUCUUUUUUUUUACAUUCUUAAAAAUUUUCCAAUUAAAACCCAAAAAAACACACUUGACAAAAAUUUCCUAAAAAAUCACAUUUUUGACAAUUUUUUAUUGUACACAGACAUUUAUUUUCUAUAAAUUUUAACGAUCCUAUACAUUAUUCACAUUAUUCUAUUGAUAUACAUUUUAUGCAGUUUUAUGGGCAUUAAAGACAUGUUUUUGUCAAUUGAUUAAAAUAAUAGUAUUCUGGACAUGUUGGAAUACAUUAUUCGGUAGUUUCGUCAAAAUUAUAGUCACAUUAUAUACAAUCUUCUUCGUUUAAUAGUUAUGCUUGGUUACAUUGU